AGUUUAUAUUCAUCGGAUUAUCUAAGCACUCUGCCGGGAACACUGGGGAAUGUAACUAGUUGGAAUAUUGCUAAUACUGAUAACGCAUCGUCUCAGUUGAUGUCUGUGAAGGUAUCAACUAUAGACCGAGCAUCCUGUAACGAAGCAUAUCAUGACAUUUCUGGCAUAAAUAUAAUUGAUGGUCAAUUCUGCGUGGCUGUUCAUGGUGAUCAACCAUAUCAAGGAAGUACUGGUAGCCCAAUGGUUAGCGAUGGUUAUCAAGUCGGUAUUGUAUCUAUUGGAUUCGGACCGCCAGAAUAUCCGACUAUCUUUAUUGAUGUAGUUCAUUACAUUAAUUGGAUAAGAACACAUUUAGAUGACUAGAAAGAGAAUUAU